ACAUAAGGUGGUUUUUCUGGUACAUGGGCAACACAUGAUGAUGUUCUCUCCUUCUAGAGAAGAAGGAAAGUGUGCUGUUCUUUUUGGGUUUGUCACUACAGGUAUUGAGGUGAGAGUAUUGUUUUAUUGGUGAGUGAUUUUAUUAUUCAAGAGUGUUUUUUUUCUCUUGAUGUUGGGUUGUCUCUAGCAUUGACUAGAGAGAAUUGUAACUCCAUUAUUUCUUGUAGUGGAUGAUUAUUCUGGACUAGUUUGUUGUGUAUUUCCAUUAGCUUGCCCACAAGUGGGAAAGAAUUUGUUUUUUCCCCAAGAAUGUAAUAUAGAACUCUUUAACAAAUGCUUUCGCAAUUUUUUAGAACCAUAUUUUUACAAGGUGAAGCUAAUCUGGACUAUAAGGUAUAAUGUAAAUUAAUAGUGAUGAGAAUUAGUAAUGCUUUCAAAUAGAUUGGUAGAAUUAUGAUUUUACACUUUUCUGCUUUCAAUGUCUUUUUAACUUUCCUCUAAAUCAAUGGUGCAGAUCAUGCAAACAAUUGGAUUCCUGGGCCCAGCCUUCUUUCUUACACAGCUGAGCCAUGUCCGCACCCCAGCCUUAGCAGUGCUAUGCAUGUCAUGCAGUCAGAACUUGUAAAGAGAAUGGUAGUAAUUGUACAUGGAACAAUAUCUAGAGUAUUGAAACCAGUAAAACAAGAAAUGAGAAAGAGAGGAGAUGAGAAGAAGGGACUGCUGGAAGAAAAACAAUUGUUACCCAUCAGGGGUCAGAUGCUUUUUCACAGUCUGGUCUCUAUUCUAAUCACCAAGACAUUGGGCCACGUUACGCAGGAGUAUUGCUGGGACUAUCAAACACUGCUGGAGUGCUUGCUGGAGUCUUUGGCACAGCCGCCACUGGAUACAUUCUCCAACGAGGUUCGUGGGACGAUGUCUUUAAAGUGGCUGUCGCCUUGUAUAUCGUCGGCACAUUGGUCUGGAACUUCUUCUCAACUGGAGAGAAAAUUCUUGAGUAGGGGAAUAUAAAAUAAUGGAAAGGAAAGAAAAGAUGAAGCCUAUGGUGAAGGAAUAGAAUCCAUAGAAGGUAAUAGAAGAAGAGAAACUUAACCAGAAAAUCAAGUCUGAGGUGAGUGGAGGGAAAUGUGGCCAAAACCAGAAUCCCACCGUUUUGGAAGUUCUCUCCUUCCUACUAUUUUGAAGCUGUGGCCAACCAAUAUGAGGUUUGUUGCUUGGCUUGAAAAACCAUCUUCAUGCAGGUAUCUAAAAUUCCUUCUAAUUCUUACAUACUUGUUAUAAUAUAAAAAAUUUUCAGGUAAUCCUUCAUGAAUCUUUUUCUCAGUACACUAUGCAAUAUCAAGCGAAGGAGAGACCUCAUGGAUAACCUUGAAAUUCUUGUAGUUGAUUAUGUAACCUUUGGUCCAUCUCCUUUGUUGAAGUUACAACAUUUUCUUAUGCUGUCUCAUGUAUCUUAGGCAUUAGAUUAUUUAGACCCCUACGUAUUCGAUAAAGAAUUAACGGACGCACAUAUAUAGUUGAUGCGUUGGAAAACAGGAAAGUAGUAGUUCAUUAUUUUUUA